CUGUAUUCUUCUCUUUCCCGGUUAAGACAAUAAAUCAAACAAAAUUAUUACAUUAAAGAUUGCAUUUUGAGGAUUACAAAACGAGUGGUCGUCCUCUGUUCCUGCUUCCCCCCUUCCUUCUCUAUCCUCCAAAGUCCUCGCCUUUCCCUCUCCUCUCGCCCUAUCUCCACCGUCUCACCUCUCGAUUCUUCCCCGUUCGCAAUUCCGCUUCUGGGUUUCUCGCUCCUCCCCUGAACUCCCCAGAAAGUUUGCUCCUUUACUUAAACAUUUCCUCUGUUUUCUUCAUUUGCUCUGUUUUCGCCCACUUCCAUGAACCUUGAAACAGAUAGAAAUGACGCCACUUUCCUCUGAGCUCGUCGGUUUCACCAUCCCUUUCUACUCCAAAACAUAUAAACACUACAAUCGAAGCUUCUUAACCUGCUCUAACGUCAAUGUCAAACCUUUCUCAACCAAUCUUCAAGUUCAAGCCUCCACAACAAACCAUUCACAGUCUCUCGGAUUCAGAGACACACAGAUGCUCAAAAUCUUCCACCGCGCGUGCCGUGCGGGUAACUACAUCGAAGCUCUCCACCUCCUCGAGAGCAUGGUCCCUAAAGGCUACAGCCCCGACGUGAUCCUCUGCACCAAGCUCAUCAAAGGCCUUUUCAACCUCCGCAACGUCCCCAAAGCCGUCAGGGUCAUGGAGAUCCUCGAGAAGUUCGGGCAGCCUGACGUCUUCGCCUACAACGCCUUGAUCAACGGGUUUUGCAAGAUGAACCGUAUCGAUGAUUCGACGAAAGUUCUCGAUAGGAUGAGGAGCAAAGGCUUUUCUCCUGAUACUGUGACUUACAACAUAAUGAUUGGUAGCUUGUGUAGUAGAGGGAAGCUUGAUCUCGCCUUAAAGGUGUUUGAUCAGUUGGUGAAUGAUAAUUGUCAGCCUACUGUGAUUACUUACACGAUUUUGAUCGAAGCGACGAUGCUUGAAGGCGGCGUGGACGAGGCCUUGAAGCUGUUGGAUGAGAUGUUGUCUAGAGGGUUGAAGCCUGAUAUGUUUACUUACAAUACGAUCAUCAGAGGAAUGUGUAAAGAAGGGAUGGUGGAGCGCGCUUUCGAGAUGAUUAGGAGCUUGGAAGUGAAGGGAUGUGAGCCUGAUGUGAUCUCUUACAACAUCUUGCUUCGCGCGCUUUUGAACCAAGGGAAGUGGGAGGAAGGGGAGAGGCUCAUGAGCAAGAUGUUCUCCGAGGAAUGCGAGCCGAACGUUGUGACUUACAGCAUUCUGAUUACUACUUUAUGCCGCGAUGGGAAGAUCGAUGAGGCGCUGAAUCUCCAGCUUAUGAAGGAGAAGGGGUUGACGCCGGAUGCUUACAGUUAUGAUCCUUUGAUCGCGGCGUUUUGUAGAGAAGGCAGGUUAGAUUUAGCCAUCAAGUUCUUGGAGACUAUGAUCUCAGACGGGUGUUUGCCCGACGUGGUGAACUACAACACCGUGCUGGCUACGUUGUGCAAGAAUGGGAAAGCGGAUCAAGCGCUGGAGAUCUUCGGGAAGCUAGGCGAAGUCGGCUGUUCGCCGAACUCCAGCUCCUACAACACAAUGUUCAGCGCGCUGUGGAGCAGCGGAGAUAAGAUCAGGGCGUUACAAAUGAUAUCAGAGAUGCUGAACCACGGGGUAGACCCCGAUGAGAUCACUUAUAACUCGAUGAUCUCGUGUCUAUGCAGAGAAGGGAUGGUUGACGAGGCUUUCGAGUUGUUGGUUGAUAUGAGAAGCUGUGAGUUUCAUCCGUCGGUUGUGACAUACAACAUUGUUCUGUUGGGAUACUGUAAAGCUCAUAGGAUCGAAGACGCCAUAGGUGUUCUUGAUACAAUGGUGGAGAAUGGGUGUAAGCCUAAUGAGACUACUUAUACAAUGCUUAUUGAAGGGAUUGGAUUUGCUGGAUAUAGAGCUGAGGCUAUGGAGUUAGCUAAUGAUCUGGUUCGGAUCGACGCGAUUUCUGAGUUUUCGUUCAAGAGAUUGCAUAGGACUUUCCCUUUGCUUAAUGUUUUACAGAGAUCUUCUCAGACAUUUGGUCAUUAGGAUAAACAACACAUUAUGUUAUUGAUUUUAAUGUUCAGAUGAAUCAGAAACAGACAAUAAACUA